GUACUGAGAGCGCCCGAAACCACACACACCCGAGGUCCUGCCGGGCCCGGAGCCCCGCGGCCGAUGGCCUGGGCCGCUCGAGAGACGCACCAAAAGAGGCAAAUUGAGAUGGAGACAAAUGAUCAUCACUGUGCUGGUCAUUUUGAUAGUUUUUGAAAUAUAUUCUUCCUUGAAAAAGAGACCAGAAUGUGACAAAAAAUACUACCCUGGAAAUUUCAUAAGCACUGCAGUGUGAAGACCCUUCUGCACAGAACAUACAGCUUAUCUUCAGAUAUUGUAGAGAAGUUUGAUGGAGAACAGCAGGUAGUUUACAAUGUCUUUGGAUGAUACAACAAAAACAAAUCUAGAUGAACAUUUCCCCAGUGCGCCAUUAGAAAAUGACAGGAGGUCUGCAGAAGGCAAGAGAAGCCCAGGCGCAGGUGAUCUUUCCAGGAGCAGUAACACCUCCAAUAAGAGUGUUGAUUACAGCAGAUCUCAGUGCUCCUGCAGAAGCUUAAGUUCUCACAAUGAUUACUCAGAAGACUUUCUCUCUGACUGUUCAGAAACGGUUAUUAAUAAAAACUAUUUAGAGCAGUCUGUGGUAAAAGAAAAGGAGGAAAAGAAAAAAUACAUUUCUACAAUCUCCCAACCUAAAGUUAACAGGUGGCCUUGUUACAGACUACCACAAUACUUGGAUUUCACUGGCUUCUUGCCUUUCAUCUCAGCUGAAGAGUCAAGGUCUGCAUCACCAAAGAAAUGUAAAUAUCCGUCUCAACAGCCCUCAAGGAUGGUCUCCAAGUCUGGCCAGAAGGACAUCACAGUUGAAAAAAAGCACACCUGGAAUGCAUCAUUUUUUAAUGCCCAAAUCAACAUGGUCACCCAAAGAAGAGAUGCUAUGGCUCACCGAAUACUCUCAGCAAGGCUCCAUAAGAUUAAAGAACUAAAAAAUGAAUUAGCUGACAUAUAUCGUAAAUUGGAAGCCAUCAUCAUAGAAAAUCAAUUUUUGAAACAGCUUCAGUUUAGACAUUUGAAAGCUAUAGGAAAAUAUGAGAAUUCACAAAAUAAUCUACCUCAAAUUAUAGUUAAACAUCAGAAUGAAGUAAAAAGUUUAAGGCAGCUACUUAGGAAAUCCCAAGAGAAGGAACGAACUGUAUCCAGGAAACUCAGAGAAACCGACAGUGAGUUACUGAAGACUAGAGACGCCUUGCACGCACUGCAGAAACUUUCUGAAGAUAAAAAUCUUGCAGAAAGAGAAGACCUCACUAAUAGAUUGUCCAUUCUUACUACAAAAAUGGAGGCAAAUGACAAAAAAAUACAGAGCUUGGAAAAACAGCUGAGGUUGAACAAUAGAGCCUUUGGUCGGCAGUUGGCUAUUGAAAAUCGGAAGACUUUGGCAGCUCAAGCAGCUACAAAGACUCUGCAAGUGGAAGUAAAACGCCUUCAACAAAAACUCAAGGCUUCUGGUUCUGAUAUCAUGGGGUGAACAGGCCCAGGAGGGGUGAUUACCACUGAGGAGCUGCAGUCACUAUCAAGACGAUAGAGGUACUGACAACAGGUGACUCUCAGAAACU